AUGGAUAUGCUCCAUAAUCAUUCCCAUGGUGAACGGAAUACGUUCUCCAUUGACAGGCUUAGUGAUUUACCAGACUCGGUCCUCACUCACAUUCUCUCCUUUCUCCAGACAAAGGAUUCCGUACGAACAAGCGUUCUCGCUCGAAGAUGGAGGUAUCUCUGGGCUUAUGUCCCCACUCUAGAUUUUGACGGCGAAAACAAGGACUUCAUCAACAAGGCCAUGUUGCUGCAUAUAGUGGAGCGCGUUAAUACUUUCCGUCUCCUUCUAGACAAGGAUUAUAGCUUCCAUGAUUACCCACUCGAUACAUGGACUGCCUUCGCCAUCAUGCGCCGUGUGCAAAAUCUUGAUCUCUGUCUCCGUUUUCAAGUUGCUUUGCCUCGACGCCUCUUCACAUGCAAAACCCUUGUUCAUUUGAGCCUCACUUCUUGUGGUGCCAUCCCGAAAAGUGGGGCCGUGUGUUUACCUAGCCUCAAAAAGCUUCAUCUAAUCCGUGUUCGGUAUGAAGCUGAUGAGUCACUCCCCUACCUUAUCUCCAGCUGUCCAGUGCUCGAGGAGUUGCUUAUCGAAUCAAUCAUGCAUUUGGUUUCUUGUAUUAUAUCUUCACCCACAAUAAAAUGGCUCACCGUCCAGUUUCAGUUCAAUCGUUACAGAUCUUACAGCCAUGACUACAGGCUGGAGAUAAACACCCCAGCACUUAUAUAUCUCAACAUAGUUGAUGGUUUAUCCGAGCAUAUUGAAUCUGGUCCACUAAGCUCCUUAACCGAAGCAUAUGUCCAAGUUCACAAUGAUCAAGAAAAACAAGACGAUUUUCUCUAUUCUCGAUCGGUGUUGGAAUUCAUUGAUAGGCUCCGACACAUCAAGUGCCUAAAAUUAGAUUUAUUUACAGAUAUUGUGGACUCAGCAUUCUCCACCUCGGCCGUAAGUUUCCGUAACUUAACCAAACUCACAUUGUUCGCGGAUUGCCGUUUUCUCUCAAAAUUCCUUCAAAGUGCCCAUAAUCUUGAAAUCGUUUUCUAUUUCGAGGCUCAAAAGCGAAUAAAAAGGUGGAUGGAACCCCAACAAGCGCCCGGAUACCUAUUGUCGCGUCUUAGAACUAUACAGCUUUUUACUAUACAGCGUGAAAUUGUGAGAUAUCUUUUGAGGAAUGCUACAGUGUUGGAGAAGAUGGUAGUAGUAUACCACUGUGCCCUUAAUUUUGAGGAAAGGAAAUACUUUCUCCACGAAAUCUCGGCGUUUGAACGAAGAUCCGAGGUGUGUGAACUUGCCUUUGUUAAUCUUCUUGAUUGGGAUUUUGAUGGCAUGCGAAGAACUAAAAGACCGGAUGGAACUCAAAGAAGUGCCAAAAUGCAUCUUAAAACUAUUACGCUUAUUGAUAUCGUCGGUACAAAACACGAGCUUGAAAUUGCGAGGUAUGUUUUGAGGAGGAAUGCUGAAGUGUUGUAG